AUGGAUCACUCUCAUAUGGAUCAUGGAGGCAUGGAUCACGGUGGUCAUGGAGGCCACGAUAUGCCUGGUAUGGGCGGUGGACACAAGUGCAACAUGAACAUGCUUUUCACUUGGGAUACUAAGGAUCUCUGCAUUGUUUUCCACGGCUGGCAUAUCGAUGGGACCGCGUCCCUCAUCUUCUCCCUCCUUGCGAUCGUUCUGAUGACCGCCGGAUAUGAAGCCGUCCGCGAGCUCUCGAGACGAUACGAUCUAUAUGCGAAGAGUCUUUCCGAGGGUAGAAGGAGCGGGGAUGAUCUGACCAGUGAUCGUGCUGCGCAAUGUGAAGACGACGCGACUGAAUCAAGCUCAUUGCUCAACCCAGGGAGACUCACAGGCAGGCCGAGCGAGCAGCAGACAAAGAUCAUCAAGGCUAUUUUGUAUGCGGUCCAAGUGUUUUACUCGUUCUUUAUCAUGCUGCUGUUCAUGACGUAUAACGGUUGGGUUAUGUUUGCCGUUGCGGUUGGCGCUUUCGUAGGCUAUCUGCUGUUCAGCAAUUCGUCCCCUACCAAAACAGCUGCCUGUCAUUGA